UGCUAGGUGCACAUCACUGCUGUCUUGAGUAUCGGGGGAGAUCAAACUGGAUUGAUAUGAGCGACUACGGAACAGAAUUGCUUCGAAGGCAGCUUAAUGACCUUGCAAAGAACCCAAUUGAUUUGGUUUCGGUAGGUUUGGUAGAUGAUAGCAAUCUGUAUGACUGGGAAAUUCUUGUAAUGGGGCCAGAUGGUACGCUAUUCGAAGGAGGCUUUUUUAAAGCGCGUCUGGUAUUUCCGCACGAUUUCCCCAACAUGCCACCAACUAUGACGUUUACCUCCGAAAUGUGGCAUCCGAAUGUUUACGAGGACGGGAAAGUUUGCAUCUCCAUUCUGCAUCCACCUGGAGAAGAUGCUUUCAACUCGCAGGAGACUGCCGAAGAGCGUUGGCGACCGAUUCUCGGCGUAGAGCAGAUUUUGGUAUCGGUCAUUUCGAUGCUGUCCGAUCCCAAUGAUGAGAGCCCCGCCAACCUCGACGCGGCAGUUAUGUGGCGGAACGAUAAACCGGCCUUCAAGAAGAAGGUGCGGCAAAUUGUUCGCAAAAGUCAAGAAGAUUGUUGAUAUGACUGAAGAAAACCUGACAAUGGUUCAUGCAAGAAGACAGAUAGGUACUUGUUAGAGUAUGAAUUGUUAGGUAUGUUCACUUAUUAGUAGACAAUUAAGAACUC